AUGGAAAUUUGCCACCAUAAAGGGCUGUUGAUACUCUUUAGUAGGACCGAGCUAAGUGAGUCGAGGAGUACGGGACAUAUUGAGGUGGUGAUGGUAAGCUUACAUGAAUUAGUCAAGGGGUUGAAAGCUGCUUUCCAAAUAAGAGACUAUCGUACAUGUGUAGAUCUGCUAGGUCCGAUCAAGAUCGAGCUGAUCAAGACAAGACUACUGGUGCCUGAUCUGUUAGCUGCGUCUGAGGGAAACGCGACUUAUCUGGAAGAUCUAGAAGUGGCCAAGAAGAUCCUAGAGAUUGGGGCACUGAGCUCGAUAAAUCUGCUUGACUUUGCUGGGUUCGAGAAUUACUAUGCGCAGCUGCGCGCAUUCUACUUUGGCCUCCCUGAGAACCACACGCUGGCGGACUCGGAGAACAAGAAGAAACUGAUUAGCCUCUACCUAUUGAUCCUGCUUUCGCAGGGCGACGUUACGAAAUUCCACAGCGAGCUUGAAUUUCUAAGCAAGCGGGACCUGGGCAACAUCGAGGAAAACAAGUAUCUGUCAUACCCGGUCAGGCUAGAGAAACUCCUAAUGGAGGGCUCGUACCAGAAAGCUUGGGACAUGCUGCAGAACGGGAGGGAAGAUGAUAAAAUUGAGGAAUUCAAUAUCUUUGACGAAACGCUGAUGAAUGCAAUUCGUGAUUCGAUCGCACGCAACACGGAGGUCGCCUAUGCAAGACUUCCUCUAUCUAACGUGAAGGCCCUAUUGUUCUUCAAAAGCGAGAAGGACACAGAAGCUUUCGCGAAGGCCAGGGGGUGGAAUAUAGUGAACGGCUGCGUUUUAUUCGAUGAAGACGACGUAUCUGAGAAGAAGGAGCAGACGAGCAUCGUCUCCAAGGCACUAAGCUAUGCUACAAACCUAGAGAGUAUUGUAUAG